GCCGGCUCUGCUCAUGGUGCCGCCACGACGCCAGCACGGGGCAGCAAAGCCAGGCGUGCUGACUUGGGCACCUCCUUUUAGACUCAGAUCUGCCAACUUUUCAGAAGACCUCAGAAAAGCCCUUAGAAUCAGAGUGCAAAUGGUGUGUGUAUUUAUCAUGAACCGGAUGAAUUCUCAGAGCAGUGGUUUCACUCAGCGCAAGCGAAUGGCUCUUGGGAUUGUUAUUCUCCUACUUGUUGAUGUGAUAUGGGUGGCUUCUUCUGAACUGACUUCGUAUGUUUUCACUCAGUACAACAAACCAUUCUUCAGCACCUUUGCAAAAACAUCCAUGUUUGUUUUAUACCUCUUGGGUUUUGUUAUUUGGAAGCCGUGGAGACAGCAGUGUACAAGAGGAUUUCGAGGAAAACAUGCUGCUUUUUUUACGGAUGCUGAAGGUUACUUUGCUGCUUGCACAACAGAUACCACUAUGAAUAGCUCUUUGAGUGAACCUCUGUAUGUGCCUGUGAAGUUUCAUGAUCUUCCAAGUGAAAAACCUGACAGCACAAAUAUUGACACUGAAAAAGCUCCAAAAAAAUCUCGAGUAAGGUUCAGUAAUAUUAUGGAGAUUCGACAGCUCCCAUCAAGUCACGCGUUGGAAGCUAAAUUGUCGCGCAUGUCUUAUCCUGCCGUGAAAGAACAAGAGUCCAUACUAAAAACCGUGGGGAAACUGAAUGCAACUCAAGUAGCAAAAAUAAGCUUUUUCUUUUGCUUUGUGUGGUUUUUGGCGAAUUUUUCAUAUCAAGAAGCACUUUCAGAUACACAGGUUGCUAUAGUUAAUAUUUUGUCUUCAACCUCUGGACUUUUUACCUUGAUCCUUGCUUCAGUGUUUCCAAGUAACAGUGGAGACAGAUUUACUCUUUCUAAACUAUUAGCUGUCAUUUUAAGUAUUGGAGGCGUUGUGUUGGUAAACCUAUCAGGAUCUGAAAAAUCUGCUGGAAGAGAUACAAUAGGUUCCAUGUGGUCUCUUGUUGGCGCCAUGCUCUAUGCUGUCUAUAUUGUUAUGAUUAAGAGAAAAGUAGACAGAGAAGAUAAAUUGGAUAUUCCAAUGUUCUUUGGUUUUGUAGGUCUGUUUAAUCUGCUGCUCUUGUGGCCAGGUUUCUUUUUACUUCAUUAUACUGGAUUUGAGGACUUUGAGUUUCCCAAUAAAGUAGUAUUAAUGUGCAUUAUCAUUAAUGGCCUUAUUGGAACCGUUCUCUCAGAGUUCCUGUGGUUGUGGGGCUGCUUUCUUACCUCAUCCUUGAUAGGCACACUUGCACUAAGCCUUACGAUACCGCUGUCCAUAAUAGCUGAUAUGUGUCUGCAAAAGGUGCAGUUUUCUUGGUUAUUUUUUGCAGGCGCUGUCCCCGUAUUUUUUUCAUUUUUUAUUGUAACUCUACUGUGUCAUUAUAAUAAUUGGGAUCCAGUGAUGGUGGGAAUAAGAAGAUUUUUUGCAUUUAUAUGCAGAAAACAUCGACUUCAGAGAGCUCCAGAAGACAACGAACAAUGUGAGAGUCUCAUUCCGCUGCACAAGGCUUCCCAGGAGGAUGGAGCUAGCUAGCCGUGGUCCUUAGCCCAGCAUAUCUGAUCAUGGAACUUGUCGCGGCGAAGAGACAAUCUGUAGCAAGUUUUUGUAGAAAAGAGUGUUUCAGUGCCUAGUCUGAAAAAUCAUGGUUUCAGUUCUUUGAAACUCUAAAAUAUGCUUUCCUCAUGUGUUUUCUUCAUUUUCGUACUGAAGUACUUUGCAGUGUACCUGUCUGCAUAUCACUACAAUUAAUGAAGUUCCAGUCCACAGUCCAUCUUCAGGACCAACCUGCCUUAUCCAUCUCCAGGAAUCCAGCUGAUGGCAUGGUUUGAACUAAUCACGGAAUGAAAUCCUAAUGUUCUAGAGAUUUUAAUGUGUUAGUGUUAAAUGGUGGACUCUGUAUUAUUAAAAUGUAAGGCAAUCGUUUAUAUAGAGAGAUCAGUGUUUCUUACAGGCAAAGUGCUAAACUAAGCUGCCUGUAAUAGGUACGGCUUCCAUUUCUGAGUUUUACAGAAUAUUGCAAAUUAACACACAAAAAUGUUUAAUGUAUAUAAUAAGUAUGUUCGUGCAAAUUGGUGGGGCUUUAAAAUGAAUAAAUAUUGGGACAAGAUCCUGGUUCACUUACAUUAUAUAUACUGUACUACUUUCAUUGCAUUAGGUGCCUUGUAUUUUGAAUCUGUGACAAUGACAAUUUUUAUAUGGGAAAUAUUAUUGUAAAAUGAUUGUGUAUUUCUACAGGCUAUGUUGCUGUAAAUUUAAUUGAUAAAACUUUUUGCUUAACUUAGAGUUGAGGAAAUAAUCACUCUACAAUUAAGAAAUUUUCCUAAUAGAAUGGUUUAAACUGAAGUGAUAAAGAGUUUUAUUAAAAUAAAUGCUCCAAAAUGUUUACAUAUAUGUAUUUGUGUAUCGGAACUGUAUCAAGUAGUUUCUCGUCCCUCCCCCCCAUGUUAAUGUGCCAAAGUACUCUAUAACUGGAGUCUUCGUUAAAUAAUUUUCCUAAAUAAAAUUUUAAUGGUUAAAUUACCAAAGAA